GGAGUAAACAUGCGCAGGGGAAGACAUCUUGGAUUUAAAGGGACUCUGCGGCCCAAUUAAGCAGGGCGAUAUUGCUUAAAAAAAAAAAGAUAUAUAGCACUUCAUUCACGCAGCUGUUGCCAUACGUACACAUAAGGCAGACACUGCGUUGCUAAGGUUACCCAUACCCAAAGAAUGAACUAACUGACGUUGCUGGACAGAGAGAGGCACAGACAGCGUUUGCAGCUAGUUUGCGCUUCUGAAUCUUUGGGGAGUGACCAUACCAGACAGUGAUGUGAGAUUUUAUUUUGUUUACUUCUUUGUCAAAAGCACGGCGUUCCUCUACGUCAGCUACACUAGUGACACCUGCAUGAUAGUAGAAUUCAAAGUUAUCUGAAAAGAAGAUGUCCACAAUGGUUUACCCAAGAGAAGAGAAACUAGAGAAACUAACCCAGGAUGAGAUCAUCUCCAACACCAAGCUGGUGAUCCAGGGGCUGGAGGCCCUCAAAAAUGAACACAACUCCAUCCUCCACAGCCUCCUGGAGACCAUCAAGUGCCUGAAGAAAGAUGAGGAGGCCAACUUGGUUCACGAGAAGUCCAGCCUGCUGCGCAAGUCUGUGGAGAUGAUUGAACUCGGGCUUGGAGAAGCUCAGGUGAUGAUGGCCCUAUCGAACCACUUAAAUGCGGUGGAGUCGGAGAAGCAGAAGCUGCGUGCUCAGGUGCGGCGGCUGUGCCAGGAGAACCAGUGGCUGAGGGAUGAGCUGGCCAACACCCAGCAGAAACUGCAGAAGAGCGAGCAGAGCGUGGCCCAGCUGGAGGAGGAGAAGAAACACCUGGAGUUCAUGAACCAGCUCAAGAAAUACGAUGAGGACAUCUCUCCCACGGAGGAGAAAGAAGGAGAGCCUCCAAAGGAUUCUCUCGAUGAUCUUUUCCCCAAUGAUGAGGAAGAACACGGCCAAGGAAUGCAACAUCAACACAACAGCGCAGCAGUGGCUGCAGCCCAGCAGGGCGGCUACGAGAUCCCAGCCCGCCUACGCACUCUGCACAACCUGGUGAUCCAGUACGCCUCCCAGGGCCGCUACGAGGUGGCCGUGCCGCUCUGCAAGCAAGCCCUAGAGGAUCUGGAGAAGACUUCAGGACACGAUCACCCCGAUGUGGCCACCAUGCUCAACAUACUCGCCCUGGUGUACAGGGAUCAGAACAAAUACAAAGAAGCUGCACAUCUACUCAAUGAUGCUUUAUCUAUCCGAGAGAAAACACUAGGCAAAGAUCACCCUGCUGUUGCUGCUACACUUAACAACCUGGCUGUCUUGUAUGGUAAGAGAGGAAAGUACAAGGAGGCUGAGCCACUCUGCAAGAGAGCUCUUGAGAUCAGAGAAAAGGUCCUUGGAAAGGAUCAUCCCGAUGUAGCCAAGCAGCUGAACAACUUGGCGCUGCUCUGCCAAAACCAGGGUAAAUACGAGGAGGUGGAAUAUUACUACUGCCGCGCCCUUGAGAUUUACGAGUCCAGGCUGGGUCCUGAUGAUCCCAACGUUGCCAAGACAAAGAACAAUCUGGCUUCCUGUUACCUAAAGCAAGGCAAAUACAAGGAGGCAGAGAUUAUGUACAAGGAGAUUCUCACCAGAGCCCACGAGAAGGAAUUUGGAUCUGUAGAUGCUGAAAAUAAGCCGAUUUGGAUGCAUGCAGAGGAGAGGGAAGAAAUGAGCAAAGGUAAACACAGAGACGGUGCUCCCUAUGCAGAGUAUGGUGGCUGGUACAAGGCAUGUAAGGUUAAUAGCCCCACUGUCAACACUACCCUGAGGAAUCUGGGAGCACUGUACCGCCGACAGGGCAAGCUGGAGGCAGCAGAGACCCUUGAGGAGUGUGCCAUGAGAUCAAGGAAACAGAGCACGACAGGCACCGACCCCAUCCACCAGACGAGAGUAGUUGAAAUCCUCAAGGACAGAGACACCCCUGAACGGAGGCGAAGCAGCAUGAAGUAUGAGAGCGGCUUGGAGGGAGGCGAGGAAGUGAGUAUGGGAGUAGAUUGGAACGGCGACGGCAGUGGGGUGCUGCACAGAAGCGUGUCUCUGGGGAAACUCAGAGAUGUUUUCCGGAGGAGCAGUGAGAUGCUGGUGAAGAGACUACAAGGAAACAGACCUCCAGAACCACAAAACACAAACAUGAAACGAGCUGCCUCUCUGAACCACUUGAAUAACCCUAGUGAUGACUCUUUCCAGGGUCCUGGGAGGAGGAGACUGGCAGAGAGCCGGGGGCUGAGCUCCAGCACUGUGGAUCUGUCAACCCGCGACUGUCUCUUCAGCACCAACUGACACACAACUUUCCUUCCAACACCACUUCCCAAGGAUCAAUUUAUGUUUUUAAGAGCCUAAAGAAAAUACUUGUUUUUAUGUUUUCAUGUAGCUGAGCAGAUGUCGGACCCACUGCCUUCUGUUAGCCCUUGAACUUGUUGUGUAAACUAUCAAAAGAGGGUACCAGAUAUGCAGGCCAGCAUCAGAACUUCUGCAAACUGUUUUGCACUAAACCUAAACUUUAAUUAGAGAGAGUGCAAUCGAGCCUCAUUGCUGAAACCUUGCUGUGUAAACCAUAUCCCUGAUUCCUGAGUCACCUAUUUAUCAGGGCCUAUUUUUCUGUAAUGACUGUCAUGGCUUCUAUGCUCCUAUUCUGUUGUUCACACAAAAGGGGCAUUGUUAUACUGCAGAUGAGAAAGGGGAGCUGUGCUGUCGUGAGAAACAGCUACUACUUAAAAUGCUUUCAUUAGAGUACUUAAAAUUGUACACACUGAAGCAAGCAGGCUUAAAAGUGGUAUCUCUGCCAGUAGACAUUGUAUGCAUUUGAAAAGAAGCGAACACAACUCCUGACAGCAUUUGAAAAAUAUCUUUGCUAUAAUACAUGGUACACAGUGCAGCAACAGAGAAUUGUGAGAUGUUCUUAAUAGCCUCUGCAAGUCUACUAAUGGUUUAAGCUCCAUAACUUUUGUGCAAAACCUAGUAUGGCAGAUGCAGAUGAUUUAAUGAUAUUUAACUGUUGUUUCUUGGUUCAAGACAGCAAAAUAGGUAGCUUAUUAUUUAAAAUGUUAUUUAAAACAAACCAACACAAAAUGUAAAUAUUAGGCUACAUUAUGAAGUACAUGUUCAUAAGAUGUGGCAAAGUUUUUAAGAUUGCAUAGCUUCUUGCUCUGUCAAAGGUAAAGGCGCUGAAUGAUGAUGCCGAACUGCAUCCCAUUUAACGUUUUUAGCUCCACCCUACACCCUACUCCCUCGCUCACCCAAGUGCACACUCUGUGAUGUCAGUAAAAUGUCACGCAAAGUGUACACUUGUCGAAGGAUGUAGGGUGCAAGGGAAUGGUUUGAGACGCAGCCUAAUAUAAAUUUUACUUUAAAAAGCUGACAAAUUUGAAUCAUAUAUUUUUAAGUGAUUUUUGAAUGCUUAUAGUAACCCAUCUGGAAUAUAUAUUUUUUAUAUUGCUUUCUGAAAGUUAAAAGAUUUAUUUUUAGAUAAAAAAUGCCUUCAUAUUCCAAGCCACAUCGUCUGUGAAACUAUGUAAACGGGAGUGUGAUUUUACAACCAAAAUGCUAUUAGCAGUUAUUAACAUUUGCAACAGUAUUUCUUGUCCCGUGAUCAUUUUGCUGAAAAUAUUAGUUCUUUGCUUACGGGACAUGCUGAUUUGUUAAGUACUACACCAUUCAUUUAAAAAUGUUGCCUUCUUGUACCUUCUUACUCCCUGUGCUCACUUACUAGUGAUGGAAUGUAUCAAGCAAUAGGGAGGGACAGUUUAAAUCAUUAGUGUGGUAUUUGAACGAUAUGUAGAUCUCAAAUUAUCGCUGUAUUUAACUUCUGUUCAUAGUAAUUGGUGGAUCUGGUAAACACACAGGUGGCAAUCCCACACAUGAGAUUUCGUUUUCAAAAAGCUUAGCAAGGAAGCAGAACACCUCGAUGACAGCUGCUGGAUUUGAAAGGUUCGCCAUUGACCCAGAAAACCGAGAAACAAUGCAGAUAAUCUCAUCAGACACACAAGUGCACGGAGCACAAGGACGCAGGAUAAGAACAAUGUUUCUAUACAGCAUGUUUUGGAAAGCAGAUUGUGUCAGAGGAGACACACAACAAAUUGCAAUGGAAUACAUGCAUAGGCAGGCGUUUGUAUAUAUUUUUAAUUCCUCUUUUAGAUUCCGUAGUUGUGACAUUUGUAUUGUUAACCGUCAAAUUGAAAUUAAAAACUGUUAUUUAAAACUUAUAAACUGUUCUGAAGCCCGCUUUAGAUGUAAACAAUUUUGUAUACUGGGAUAUUUUUUAUUUUAUUUUGAUUGUUGUAAGCGUCAUGUUACUGAAACUAAUUCAAUUAAUACCUGAAAUAAAUGUUCUUUUGAAAAGGUUGAACUAAAAAAAAGGUUUAAAUCACACUUU